AUGAGCUUACCCCGAGAAGUUCUCAAGUGAAUCCACAGCUUAGAUCUGGCAUAUUCAGUCAAAAACCCCAAGCGCGACUUUCAAAACGGCUUCCUUAUUGCAGAAAUUUUUUCUCGCUAUGAAGAAUACUCAAAUGACAUCGAAAUGCAUUCCUACGACACAGGCCUAAACAUUGCCAAAAAACUCAGUAAUUGGACUUUGCUCGAAAACUUCUUCCGCAAGCGAAAUAUCCCAAUUUACAAAAAGGACUGGGAGCCUGUAAUCUACGCGUCCCCAGAUGCCUACAUUUCGCUGCUUAACAAAGUCUAUCAAUUCUUAACAGGUAAACCCCUUGAAGAGCCUCCAAUCAAGCCGACGCAGCAUCCAAAAGAAGGCGCAACCCAUGCGGUGCUUUUAAAAGACAGCGAAAUGCAGCAAGCUAUUGAGAAAAACCAAACAGGAAAGAUGAAUCAGCUACUAAUUGAAGAGGAGCCUGAAGAGGUAAAAACUACUAUUGGAGAAGUCAAGGUGACUCUUAGAAAAAUGCCAAGAGGCAGCUCAAAAGUAUUGGAAAAGUCCCAGAAUAGGCUUCUCCAAGGUAUUGAAAUUCGAGAUGUCGAAAUCAAGCCUGUUGAAAGAAAUCUGGUUCAAAUCCGGGCAAGCAAAGGCCAAAGCGUCCAAAAAAGCUUAGAACUCAGUGUCAGCGGCUCUGUGAAGCCUACAGAAACUUCUCCAUCACGAUUCCCUACAAUGCAUGAGCAAACAGUUACUGUAGCCCGCUCUAUAAAUGAAUUGUCAGCAGAAGUCAUGUCUGACGCUCUUAAUUAUCUAGCAAAAUCUCCUGCUGAGUUUGGCUUCGAAAACCAAGCAGGGAACUAUGGGAAAUACUUUUUUAAGAACAUGGAAACCUUCAGUAAUGAUUUAACAAGUGCUUAUUUCGAGUACAUAAAAAAGAGAAUCAACGCAAUUGUUGACCUUGUACUUAAAAACCAUCAUGAAUUCUGGUGUCUGGUUUCUCUUAUGUUUCCACCUAUAGAAAGGCUAAAUGUAAAUUCAGACCAUUUUUUGCAUUUAAUGGAAGCUCUCAGCUUAAUUGGUGAAAAAAUGAGUCUAACAGACCCUAAUGUCACGGAAAGGAUCUUUUUUAAGUACUUAUUGAGCAAAAUAUCAAGCCUAAUGACUAGCAACCCAGGCAAGCGAGAAGUUUUAUGCCACUUGUUUUAUUCCUUUAUAGUCCCAGAGCCUGCUUUUAGGAUGAAAGCUAUACAGAAGCUAAGCGAAACACUAUCUGGGUAUCAUGAACUGAUUAAAUGCUUGGCAAUUUUAGUGAAGUAUGAUAAAGAAUAUAAUGACGAGCUUCAUGAUAUUUUUAUUUAUUAUGGCUUGCUAGGCUUAGAGCAUUCAUCUCCAUUUGUAAGAACAGCUGCAUUGGCUAUUUUUUCGCAAAUUGCGACAUUAAAUCAUGUCCCAAUUCUCAAUGUUGUACCUCAAUUAAAGGCUCUUGCAGAUGACAAGUGGUGGGAAGUCAGAGCCCAAGCUAUACAAUGUGCUGGAACUUUAUUAUCAAUGGUCGAUCCCUCUGAAGAAAUCCAUACCCAAGAAGCCAUUCAUGGGCUUAAAGAAGUUAUUUUUAAGUCAUUUUAUCCAAAAGCUACCAAAAAUAUCCUAAUUCCCCUGUGUGAGUGAAACAAAAAAAAUUAUUCGCGAGCAGAGGGGGUUAAUUUUGUUCUUUGCAAAUUUUCUUUUUCUAAAUUCAAAAAAUCCCAAUUUGCAAAAAUUGUAAAUAAAAAUUGUUUAAUUUUAAAAUGCAAGUUGUUUAAAAUUCAACAGAAUUAGACAUAUAUUUCAUUAUGCUAUUUAUCACUUUUAUAUCAAAUUAUUUUUCAUAGAAACUUAUUGUUUGCUCAUGAAGGUGGAGUAAGAAUAGGGCUUGUUUAUAUCGCCCCAGCCCUCCACAAGCAUCCAUCACUAUCUGACCGGUAUGUGGAAUGCUUAUUAGAAAUGCCAAGCGACAUAAGGAAAGCUCUGCUGGAGUCUCCAACAGAAACCCAAACCCAAACUCUUAUGGAAGAAGGCAUGUUUGUGUUAGGAUCUAAUACUCAGAGAUACAAAAUGGGUGGCUGUCCACUAUUAUGGAGCUCUCCUGCUGUAGCAUUAAGUUUAGCAAACUAUGUAAAAUCAAAGGAGCUGGAAAAUUUGGAUGAAAGCCAUGCAGACAUUUUACUAGCUUGUGUAAAGCCUACAAUUUCUGAAGAAUUUGACACUUGGAUCGAGGUUUAUCAUAAGCUGCAGGAAUAUAUCUGUGUAGCUCUCUGUGAUGUGGAUUUGUGCUACAAAGCCAUGGAAAUAUUGAAAAAGUUCUUGACUGUGCAAGGACUGUACGAUACUACAAUUGUGAGCUCAAGGGAUAUUUUAUUAAAAGCUUUGAAUCUGGUGUUCUCAACAAGCCAAGAAGAAGACUGUGUGCAAGCUUCAAUGGGCUUGCUAAGAUUUUUGUACUUUGAGAGCGGGGUUAAAAUAGUCCAAGAUUUCGUUAAGGUGCUUUUAAAGGCUUUUGAUGACAAGUAUCAUGAUCUUUAUUUGACUACAGAUCUUCCAGCAUUAUUUAAAGAAAUUUCUAGCUAA